CUUACCCAUCACCACCUCCACCCCAAUCAUAUCCCAUUUGCUCUCCUUCCCGGUCACUUUCACCCACCUCCUCUCCUCCUCUACACCCCCAGUCCACUGAACACUGUCAAAUGCCAGGAGGGCCGCUCGCCAGUGUGAACUCACUGAUGUGAUUGCAACUGGGGUUAGAAAUGACAAAGAAUUUGUGUACGGGAAUCUCAAACAUAACAACACGUCAGUUAUUUUGUGUCUGACCGGGUAUCGAAGGAGUGACCAGAUAUUUCCUUUGUAGCACUGAUAUAUCAGUUGUCGAUCCUUGGGGAUGAUGAUGUAUCUCAUCCCAGCUGGACCUGUGUUUUGUGUCUGAAAGGAAACAUUCUGUUUUAACUCAGUGAAAUUCACUGGAACUGGGGUGCUGAGAACACACCAGCGUUUGUUCACCAGAGAUCAGUUCUUCAACUGCAAUGAUUUUACACGGGAUUCACUAUGACUAACAUCUGACUUGGUGAUUUGCCGGACAAUUGAUAGCAGGAGAUAGCAUUCACCUGCUCUGUCAGGGAAGGGAUUCACUCAGUCAACCCACCUGCAGUCACACCAGAGAGUUCACACUGUGGAGAGGCCACUCACCAGCUCUGAGUGUGGGAGGGAUACACUCAGUCAUUCAGCCAGAAGAUCCAUCAGCAAGUUCACACGUAGUGAAAUGGUUCAUCUGUUCUGACUGUUGGAAGCAAUCCAUUCUGUUAUUCAAACUGAAGAUACAUCAGAUAAUUCACAGUGAUGAGAGGGCAUUCACCGACUGUGUGGGAUGAGAUUUACACAGUCAGCCCACCCGCAGACAUGCAGUGAGUUCACAAGGGUGAGAGACCAUUGAACUGUUGUGAAGCGAUUCACUACUUCAUCCCACGUGAUGACACACCAGCAAGUUCACGCUGGGGAGAGACCGUUUAUCUGCUCCGUGUGUGGGAAGAGAUUCAUUCGGUCAGCUGAUCUGCUGACACACGAGCGAGUUCACACUGGCGAGAGGCCGUUUAUGUGCUCCAUGUGUGGGAAGAGAUUCAUUCGGUCAUUUGACCUGCUGACACACAGGCGAGUUCACACUGGGGAGAAACCAUUCACCUGCUCACACUGUGGGAAGGGAUUCACUCAGUCAUCCCACCUAAAGACACACCAGUCAGUUCACACCGGGGAGAGACCGUUCACCUGCUCGGACUGUGGGAAGGGAUUCACUCGGUCAUCGAACCUACUGGCACACCAGCGAGUUCACUCUGGUGAAAAGCCGUUCUCCUGCUCAGACUGUGGGAAGGGAUUCACUCUUUCCUCUCAGCUGAAGUUACACCAGCGAGUUCACAAGCGAGAGAAACCUUUCACCUGUUCCGUGUGCGGGAAGGGAUUCACUCACUCAUGCCGUCUUGUGACGCACCAGCGAGUUCACACUGGGGAGAGACCGUUCACCUGCUCAAAGUGUGGGAAGAUGUUUACUCAGUCAUCCAACUUGCAGACACACCAGCAAGUUCACACUGGGGAGAGGCCGUUUACUUGCCCUGAAUGUGGCCAGCGAUUCGCUCGGUCGUCCUACCUGAUCAAACACCAGCGACUUCAUUCUGGGGAGAGUCUGUUCAGGUGCUCAGUCUGUGGGAAGGCAUUUCCUGAAUCAUCUCACCUGCAGGUACACCAGCGAGUUCACACGGGAGAGAGACCGUUCACGUGCUCUGUGUGUGGGAAGGGAUUCACUCACUCAUCCCACGUGACGAGACACCAGCGAGUUCACUCCAGGGAGAAGCUGUUCACCUGCUCAGACUGUGGGAAGGCUUUUACCCAGUCGUCUCACCUGAAGACACACCAGCGAGUUCACAGUGGGGAGAGACUGUUUAUCUGCUCCGUGUGUGGGAAGGAAUUCCUCCGGUCAUCUGAUCUGCUGAUCCACCAGCGAAUUCACACCGGGGAGAGGCCGUUCACCUGCUCUGAAUGUGGGAAGGGUUUCCCUCAAGCGUCCCACCUUGUGAAACACCGGCGAGUUCACGCUGGGGAAAAAGUGUAAAUAAGCUGCCUGCUGGAGGCAAGUUUGAGAAGUGACUGUUGGUGUGAAACUGCAAUUAUUGCUGCUGCUCACCACAGCCAGUCUGCACCCUGGUCACUGGGCCUGGGAGGAGUCUCUUCCUCUGACAUUCACCUUAUGAGACUGCAGUUUAAUAUUCUAGGUCUGUUACAA